AUGUCUGAAGACAGUGAAGCAGAACACACUGAAGUUGUCACAGGUCCUCAGGAUUUUGACCAUACUCCUAGAAAAUUUAAAAGUAUAGCUGAAGUCUAUGAAAGAUGCAAUGUGUGCAUCAUUGAGCCUGAGUCAUUUGAAGAAGCUGUCAAAGAUGAUUCUUGGCAGAAAGCAAUGGAAAAUGAGAUUAACAUGAUAGAGAAGAAUGACACUUGGGACUUGGUUGAUAGACCAUCUGAUAAACCACCUGGGAUAGACUUCAAUGAGACCUUUGCACCUGUGGCAAGGCUUGAUACAAUUCGAAUUUUAGUAGCUUUGGCUGCACAUAAAGGAUGGAAGCUAUUUCAGUUGGAUGUUAAAUCGGCAUUUCUGAAUGGAGUGCUACAUGAAGAGGUUUAUGUUGAUCAACCACCUGGUUUUGUGAUUAAAAAUAGGGAAGAUGGAGUUUAUAGAUUGAAGAAGGCUUUGUAUGGUCUUAAACAAGCUCCAAGGGCUUGGUAUGAAGAGAUCAACUCUUAUUUUGAGAAGGCUGGUUUCAAGACGAGUCUUAGUGAGGCAACUCUAUAUGUGAAGUUUGCAGAGAGUGGAAUUCUUAUUGUUUCGCUCUAUGUAGAUGAUAUCAUCUAUACUGGAAGUUCUAGAGAAUUGUUGUUGGAUUUCAAGACUGAAAUGAUGAAGCAAUAUGAAAUGACAGACCUUGGUCUGUUACAUCAUUUUCUGGGGUUAGGAGUGAUACAAACUGAAACCUAUAUUUUCUUGCAUCAGAAGAAAUAUGCAAAGACUCUCUUGGAUAUGUUUGGCUUCAAGGAUUGCAAGUCAAUUGCUACUCCUCUUGCAGUGAAUGAGAUAUUGUCUAAGCAGGAUGGUAGUGAACAAGCUGAUGAAAGUUUAUACAGGCAGGUAGUAGGGAGUUUGUUGUAUCUGACUGCAACAAGGCCUGAUAUUAUGUUUGUUGCUAGUCUCUUAGCCAGAUUUAUGCAUGGUCCUACCAUAAAACACAUGGGAACUACUAAGAGAGUGCUUAGGUACAUACAAGGUACACUUGAUUAUGGCAUAGCCUAUGAAAGAGGAAAGGAAGCUGUGCUAAUUGGUUAUUGUGAUAGCGAUUGGUCAGGAAGUGAGGAUGAUAUGAAAGCACUUCUGGAUAUGCGUUCCAUCUUGGAUCUGGUGUCUUUUCUUGGGCAUCAAUCAAGCAAAGCAGUGUAG